AACUGUGGCCAAGGGUAGCCAAAGCAUUUUUUUUACGGGAACAGUUUGCUGUAAACACCGCUUAAUUGCACUGUAAUUUCACGUGUACAAGACUAUAGACUAUCCAGUUUCCAAUUUUGCAGUCCGUAUUGAAGCCCACAGUUUUGGACACCAUGGCAAACAUCAUUCCAUUCCUGGCUGGAUUUGUCGCGAUAGCUGCCAUCAUGAUGAACUUUGCUCUGCAUAAAAUUGAAGAAGGUCAUAUUGCAGUUUACUACAGGGGUGGUGCUUUACUGACCUCGACGUCCGGCCCAGGCUUUCAUUUUAUGUUCCCGUUCCUCACUUCAUACAGAACAGUUCAGAUUACGCUGCAGUCAGACGAAGUGAAGAACGUGCCUUGUGGAACAAGCGGAGGUGUCAUGAUUUACUUCGACAGGAUAGAAGUUGUCAAUAUCCUUUCAGCAAGUGACGUUCACAGCAUGGUGAAAAACUACACCGCCGAUUACGAUAAAACUCUCAUAUUUAACAAAGUUCACCACGAACUGAACCAGUUCUGCAGCGCACACAAUCUCCAAGAGGUCUACAUUGAACUUUUUGACCAGAUUGAUGAGAAUCUCAAGAAGGCUCUUCAGGCCGACCUGACCGUAAUGGCGCCAGGCCUUUACAUCCAGGCCGUCCGUGUCACAAAACCCAAAAUUCCUGAAUCCAUACGCAAGAACUACGAAUUGAUGGAGAAUGAAAAGACGAAACUCCUGAUCGCUCAGCAGCACCAGAAGGUCGUGGAAAAAGAGGCGGAGACCGAGCGCAAGAAGGCGGUGAUCGAGGCGGAGAAACAGGCCGAGGUCGCCCGCAUCCACUUCGACCAGAAGAUCAUGGAGAAGGAGAGCAUGAAGAAGAUCUCGGAGAUUGAGGACGCCACCCACCUGGCGAAGGAAAAGGCGAAGACAGACGCGGAGUUCUACAAGUCACAUAAAGAGGCAGAAUCUAACCAGAUCAAACUCACGCCCGAGUAUCUGGAGGUUCUGAGAUUCCAAGCCAUCGCUAACAACAACAAGAUCUACUUUGGCAGCGACAUUCCAAGCAUGUUCUUCACUGACGAACCGGCCACCAAGAAAGUCUCCACAACUGCUCGUCAGGAACCGAAAGUCCUCUGAAAAGUCUCAUCAACCUCCGCCACGCUUACUGGAAGUAAGCCAACAUUACCAGGUCCCAAUUUAACGGCGCGACUAUUAAGCAUGGAAAAUCCCCUAAGCACAGAAAGUGUAUGCUUAGCACAAAAAAAAAACGGUUACCGGCCAACAUUACAUGCAUUGGCUAUUGCUGGUGGCUGGUACUCCCCUGAUAUUUGCUAAACAAUUUUUUCGACUUAGCAUGUCUGUAAAAUUGGGCCCUGAUAACUUCCUGAGAUACACCUUAAAUUUUAAUUUUUUUUCGGAACGUAAUCACUUUGUUUUCAUUCUUUUUGUACAAUUUUUACCAUUUACAAUUUUUGAAAGGCUACUUUUUCUUUAAACUCCCUUUUUGCUCAACCCCAACUCUGCUUGUUCCAACAAUUAGCAUUUUCCUGGGUAGCGCUGCCGAUAUUACCGAGACUGGAUUUGAUUCGUCUUGUCGAUAGAGACUGCCACUGCCGCGGCAACUCAGCCGCGUUUGUCACGGGACUGGCUGCAACAUAGGGGAAUAAAAUUACAAGUUCAGUCUUUAGCCAAGACUAGCAAAACACUAUAGCAGUGUUCAAAGUUUUAGGGCCAAUUACAAAGUUUUAAAUUUAACUUUACAAAAAAUUCUUGCAAAGAAAUUGUCACCAGGUAAUAAAAAUUGCCCACUUCUUUGUUGGUAUAAAAUUUAA